GAAAGAAUAAUAAGAGAGAGAGAAAUAUGGCGCUGAAAGUGAGGCUAUGUUUGUGCCUUCUGCUUGCCUUUGCCAUGUUGUCUUCUGCACGUAACUUCAUUUCACUUUCAGGGAAUAACAAUAUUGAUGAAGUGGUGGGAAGGUCCUUGAUGGGCGUGAGUGUUGAUGAUUACGGCGAGCCAUCAGCCAACCGUGGCCACGAUCCUAGUAGGAACAAAGGAGGAGGCGGUGGUGGCCGUAAAAGCUGAGAUCCAUGCUAGUUUUGUCAUGCUAAUUUGCCUUACAUAUAUUAAGAAGAUAUAUAAUAUGCAUGUGUAUAUAUGCUCUCCUUUUGCUUAGUGAGGGAGCUUUUUACAUAUAUAUCUUUCCACAAAUAAAUAAAAA